UAAGAUUCAAGUUAAACCCUCUAGGCAAGACAGAGUGUUUCGUUUCACAGCAAAAGGAAAAACCCAGAUUCUUCACAUCGUCGUGACUUCUGUUUCUCGUCUCCCAUCUUCUUCGCGAAUCCGAUUUGCAGGUCUUAGGCGUCUCUGUUUCUUUCUCAGCAACUUGGUCGAUUUCUAGAUGGUUCUAUGCAUGUUGCUGAGAAUCACAUAUUAGAGAAGGCCAUCUUAGACAUGGGAAUACAAACUCUUAUAUGGCAAGUGACGAAGAAAGCAUUCACUGGAGGCAUUAUAGGGCUCACCAUUUCAGAUAGGUUUUGUAGCGUUGUUCCUGUGAGAGGAGACUCCAUGUCUCCCACAUUCAAUCCCCAGCGAGAUUCUUAUUUAGAUGAUUAUGUUCUCGUGGACAAAUUUUGCCUUAAGGAUUACAAGUUUGCGCGUGGUGAUGUUGUAGUGUUCAG